AUGGCGGCUUCGACACAACUUGCAUAUCGCACCCUCAAAGGGAUUGGCAUCAUGGAUGCCUCUCCUGUCUACCAGCCUUUGUCAGGCUUCGAGAGACCCGAGGGUAACCUCCGCUGCAGCGCCUACUCUCCUUGUGGCCGCUACUACGCAUGGGCUUCUCCCGACAGGGUCACCAUCGUCGACUCCUCCGCCGGUAACGUUGUCUCCACCAUCACCGCCGAGAACGUGUUCGAGCUGGGCUUCUCCCCGCUUGGAACCUACGUGAUCACCUGGCAACGACCGACCAAGGACGAGAACGGCGAUGCCACAAAGAACCUGAAGGUGUGGCGCGCAAUUGAGACUGGUUCAGAGCACACUGUUGUGGGCAACUUCGUCCAGAAACAACAGACGGGCUGGAAUCUGCAAUAUACCGCCGAUGAGAAGCUGUGUGCCCGCGUCGUGACCAACGAGGUUCAGUUCUACCAGAGCGAUAACCUGUCGAACGUUUGGAAUAAGCUGCGUGUGGAGGGGGUGGCGGAUUUUGCCCUCUCGCCGGGACAGACCCAUUCGAUUGCGGUGUUUAUCCCUGAGCGUAAGGGUCAGCCUGCCCAGGUUAAGGUAUUUAUUGUGCCUCAGUUCAAUGCCCCGGUCUCGCAGAAGAGCUUCUUCAAGGGCGACAAGGUUCAGCUGAAGUGGAACGCUUCCGGCACAACCUUGAUUGUCCUCGCGCAGACCGAGGUGGACCGCACCGGCAAGAGUUAUUAUGGCGAGACCACCCUGUACCUGCUCAGUGCCAGCGGCGCUUUUGACUCGCGCAUUGACCUCGACAAAGAGGGCCCCAUCCACGAUGUCAGCUGGAACCCCAACUCGAAAGAGUUCGGUGUCGUUUACGGCUACAUGCCCGCGAAGACCACCAUCUUCAACAUGCGCGGCCAGCCUACCCACACCUUCCCUCUGAGCCCGCGUAACACCAUUCAGUUCUCGCCCCAUGGCCGUUUCGUUCUCGUUGCCGGUUUCGGUAACUUGGCUGGCCAGAUGGAUAUCUAUGAUAUGGAUAAGAACUUCCACAAGAUCGCGACCGUCGAGGCAUCCAAUGCCAGUGUCUGUGCCUGGUCUCCCGACGGACAGUAUAUCCUGACCGCCACCACCAGCCCUCGCCUCCGCGUUGACAACGGUGUCCGUAUCUGGCACAUCAGCGGCAGCCUCAUGUACAACGAAGAAAUGACCGAGCUGUACGAUGUGACCUGGCGCCCUGCGAACAUCAGCCAGCACCCUCUAGGCGACCCCUUCACCAAGCUCCCCGUUGCUCACCCGUCCGCCACCGCCUACCUGAGCACCCGCAAGGCCCCCCGUGAGGAUCAAGGCGGUGCCGCCUACGUCCGUGACGGUGCCCCCGGAGCCGGAAUCACCAACGGCUUCGGCAAGUCUCGUCGCCGUGAAAUUCCCGGCGCCGAGCCCGCGGAGGAGUAUCUUCCUCCCGGAGCUGCUCCCGGCGGCGGUGUGGCUCUUCCCACCGGUGCUGACGGAGAGAAGCUCUCCAAGUCCGCCCAGAAGAACAAGAAGAAGCGUGAAGCGGCCAAGAAGGCCCGUGAUGAGGAGACUGAAGCUCCCGCCAAUGCCCCCGCUGCCCCCAGCUCUGACCGUAACCGCACCCGCGGCGGCAAGAAUGGUGUCCCCAACGGCAAUGUUAACGGCACCAACGCUAAGCCUGCCCCUGCGGCUGCUUCUGCUCCAGCUCCAGCUCCUACCCCCGCUCCGGCCCCCGCUGCUCCUGUUGUCGACCAGUCUGCCCAGGAUAAGAAGAUCCGCGGCCUGCUCAAGAAGAUCCGUGCGAUCGAUGAGCUGAAGAUGCGUCUUGCUGGUGGUGAGAAGCUGGAGGAUACGCAGAUGAAGAAGAUCCAGACGGAGGAUGCUGUGCGUAAGGAGCUUGAGGGUGUUGGUUAUAACGGGUAA